UCGUCGAAGGUUGGGGGCGGGGUUUACCUACAUUUGUUAUGGAAGAUGUCAUUCGCCGCAAGAGCUAUGAUAGCUGCGUCAAAGUCAAAAGUAUUGAGCCUGGCAAGGGCAUCUACUCUCCUCCACGGCAGCAAUGUGGGCCACCGGCUUCCUCCAACUUCACUACCCCUUAACAAGGCGGGGAUUCAGCGCUACAGCACUUCAAACCAGGAGAUGCAAGCGGAGUCAAAUCCACCUGAAGAAACAGUAGUUCUCACUGAGUCAUGCGUGAAGAGACUAAGUGAGAUCACGGGGAAGGGAGAGUACCUGAGGAUACAUGUGGAGGGAGGAGGCUGCUCUGGGUUCCAGUACAAGUUUUCUAUUGAUGGUAACAAGAGCGAAGAUGACAGGGUUUUCCAACAGGGAGGAGUGGGCGUCAUCGUAGACCAGGACAGUCUGGAGUUUGUGAAAGGAGCCACUCUGGACUUUACCCAAGAGUUGAUCCGCUCGGCCUUCCUGGUGCUCAAGAAUCCUCAAGCCGAUCACGGCUGCUCCUGCGGAAGCUCCUUUUCAGUCAAACUAUGACUUUACUUAACUGCAUUAAAUAACUUAUUACCCACAUAUGCCUGUUUUUUUAGAAAAUUACAGGCACCUUUCAUUAUACUGAAUUCAAAUCUAUUCUGCCUAAACAGUGACCCUGGAAAUGA